AUGAAGGCGUAUUGGUUCGACAACCAGCCUGGUGACCAGCGUGAUGAUCACGACUCUGGGAAACUCAUCGAUAGCGACUAUCUGCGCGAUCUCGGUAUACUGUAUUAUCGCUGUCCGACGAUAGACGAGGUCGACGCAAUUGCCAAAGAGCGCAGCUACAAGAACAGAGAUGAAAUUACAGUCUCGCCGGAGAAGAUGGGUGAUGUCUACGAAGACAAGGUGAAAAUGUUCUUUAACGAGCAUCUCCAUGAAGAUGAGGAGAUUCGAUAUAUCCUCGAUGGCAAUGGGUUCUUUGACGUGAGAAACGAAGGGGACGAUUGGGUACGCAUCAGGUUGGAAAAGGAUGACUUGAUUGUUCUGCCUGCUGGGAUAUAUCAUCGUUUUACAACCGACACGAAAAAUUAUAUAAAAGCCAUGAGGCUGUUCAAGGAAGACCCGCAAUGGACACCUCUGAACCGAGGGCCAGAAGUGGAUGAAAACCCCUAUCGCCAAAGCUACUUGUCAACAAGAAAGGCUUCCGCAGCAUCUGCACAGUAG